CCCGUAGUUUGGGGCCAGUCAACAGGGGGGGCGUGUUUGGAAGGAAAGAAAAAGACAGAAGAAAAAGAUGGUGCUGAUCAAUUGGGCAUACGCCUGUACUCUGCACUGCAAGCCCUAUAGUACCAAUUUGUCUCUCUACAGUCAAAGUCGCCAAUUCGUUUUAAGCAUAUAAUAAUGGGUCGGAAAGCUGGUUCACUGCAUAUUAACCCAAAGAAAUUUGGCUCUCUUCACAAACCUUGCAUGAAGGAAAUGAUUACAUUUCUCAACUGCUUGGCUCUCAGCCACAACGACAAUGAUAAAUGUGUUCGGCAAAAGGAACUCUUGAGUGCCUGCAUGGAUUCUCAGACAAGCAAUAAAAGGAAGUCUUGGGGAAGUAUUAAUUACCACCUGCAGAGGCUUAAUAGAGGAAGGAAGUAGUUUUGGUUUUUUUGAAGAGAAGAGUGUUCAAGCAAUGUCUCAUUUUUCAACUUCAGCAGCUGCAGAGGUUUAGCAGGGGAAGGAACUAUUUUCUUUGUUGAAUCAUGGUUUAGCAGGGGGGAGGGAAUAAUUAUUAAAAGAUCUCAAUAACAUUCAAAAGAAACAAGAGGAAAGCAAACUACUAGUAUUAUGAUAAAUGAGAGAAUGUUACAUCACAGGGUUUGCAUGGAAAUUGCUUUGAUAUGAACAUGAUAUGAGAAUGCUGUCCUUUUCUUUC